UCCAACUUAAAGCAAAAGGGUCCCGCAUGUCAUGAGAGUCGGUGGAACGUUAAACUGUGUGGAAUCCCCCAAAGCCGAGUCGUCUUCUCCGAAAGCUCCGAAUAGCCAUGGCCUGCAGCCUGCUCCUGCGAGCGACAGCGCCGGCCCGCCGCCUCUUCCAAGCCGCACGGCCGACGCGUGGAGAAGAAUGUGCCGCUGCACGGAGCCGAAUCGUCCUCGCCGUCCCGCCGCCCGCCGCGUCCGCGCCGCCGUCACCUCGAGGCUCUAGCACCCGCAGGCCUGCGCCAGAUCGGGCCGGACAAGUCAGAUCGAGUCGGCCAGCCAGCUUCUCCACGUCCACGCGCGGGGAAGCGAUGGCGGACGGCAUGGAGGCGCCACACGUCGUGGAGGACUGCCGCGGCGUGCUGCAGGUGCUCAGCGACGGGACGACCGUGCGCUCCGCCGCGGCGCCGUACACGGUGGAGGACCGCGACGACGGGCGCGUCGAGUGGAGGGACGCCGUGUACCACCCGGCCCACGGCCUCGGCGUGCGCAUGUACAGGUCGGCGCGACGGGAAGCGGAGGGACGGCUGCCGGUGCUGGCCUACUUCCACGGCGGCGGCUUCUGCAUCGGCAGCCGCGCCUGGCCCUCCGUGCACGCCUGCUGCCUCCGCUUCGCCCACGAGCUCCCCGCCCUCGUGCUCUCCUUCGACUACCGCCUCGCGCCCGAGCACCGCCUCCCGGCCGCCCACCAGGACGCCGCCGACGCCCUCGCCUGGCUCCGCGACCGCCUCGCCCCCGGCCCUGCUGAUGGAUCUGGGUCAGACGGGGACGUCCAAGCCUGGCUCGCCGACUCCGGCGCCGACCCGGGCAGGCUCUUCGUGUCGGGCGACUCCGCCGGCGCCAACAUCGCGCACCACAUGGCCGCGCGGUUCGGCGCGGCGGGGCUCGACCCCGUGAAGACAGCCGGGUACGUCCUCAUCAUGCCGGCGUUCACCUCGGAGGCGCCGACGCAGUCCGAGCUGGGCUCGCGGGGCAGCGCGUUCCUGAGCCGGGACGUGGCCGAGCGGUACAACCGGCUCGCCCUGCCGGCCGGCGCCAACAAGGACUACCCGCUGAUGAACCCGCUCGGGCCGGACAGCCCGGGCCUGGGACUCGUGGGCGGCCGCGUGCUCGUCGUCGUCGGCGGCGACGACAUGCUCAAGGACAACCAGGUCCGGUACGUGGAGCGGAUGAAGGCCGCGGGGAACGACGUCGAGCUCGCACUGUUCGCGGGCAUGGAGCACGGCUUCUUUUCCAGGGACCCAUGGUCGGAGACCAGCGGCGAGGUCGUGCGAGUCGUCGGCCGGUUCAUGGGCAGAGACGCAGCCGAUUCAACCGGCGCCGACGGUCAGGACUAAGUAGUGGUUAGUCUGCUAGUGAUCUAGAGUAGUAUUCAGCAUGCAAUGAGUGCUAUAGAGGAAAAUAUCAGGUGAUACAGUACUAUUUAGAUGCUCCAUGCUACGAAUUCGAAAAUUUCAAAUUUAAAUGUUUUGGAAAAA